AUGGCCAAUGGCAAUGGCAAUGGCAAUGGCAAUGAUAUGGAUUUGGAGCCCAAGUCUGGUUCUGACGAUCAUGAUCAUGAUCACCCCACGGCCAUCACCAACCUCCAUCUUUGUUAUUCCCAGAUUAUCCUCAGAGUUUUGGCAAUUGCCUCCACACUGGCUGCUACCUGGAUCAUCCUCACCGCCAAGCAAUCCGUUCUCAUUUUUGGUAUCCCUUUUGACGCUCGAUACAACGACUCCUCUGCUUUCCAGUUCUUUGCUUUUGCUAACGCUAUUGCAUCUGCCUUCUGUUUUCUCUCCCUCUGCUUUCUAAUUUUCUUAUCAACUCGUCCAAGCAGCAACACUAGUACCCCGCUCAAUUUCUACAUAUUUUUCUUCUUUCGUCUCCAUGACUUGUUGAUGAUGGGAUUGGUGCUCAGCGGUUGCUCUGCUGCCACCGCCAUCGGCUUCGUCGGCAAGUACGGCAACACCCACACGGGCUGGUCCCCCAUCUGUAACCAUUUUCCCUCCUUUUGUAAUCGCGUUACUGCUUCCAUUGCCAUUUCUUAUUUCUCUGUCAUUUGCCUUCUCAUACUCACCACCCUUUCUCUCCAUACCCACCACUAG